AUGCAAGACAUCACCAGCUGGCUGAAGGCUGCCUGUCGAGAUCUCUCCCCGACGGAGAUGGUCAAGCCUCCAGAGCUUACUAUGCUUGAUGCCAUGAACGCCAUUCAGAUGAUGGAUCCCAAGAUGGACACCGGUGCGGCCGACUUGCAAGGAUGGAGAUCAUCUCCCAUCUACAGCCCGGCUGCAUCUCUCUCCCCAGCGGACCUCUGCUGGACUAUGGAUAACAUGCUAGCUUUAGACGUGGCAUGGUAUCGAGGUGCAACUCUUUGUCAAUCAGUUUACACUGCUCUCCAUUAUCACAAUCCUCAUCAUUUGGCAGGUCCGCCUCAAUACACAGAUACUGAUCAUGAGUCAUACCUCGUUUACCUUGUUCUGCGAGCCUACGUUCUGCUAUACUGCAAAAGUAUCGAUCUGGCAUACACCGAAUUCGCUAAAGGUCACGUCAGAGAUGGAGAGGAUUGCUGGCUUGAUCACUACGGAGUUGCUGUUCGCAUGAGCGACCCGGUGGAGGCUGUGGUAAAUUUGGCCAACGAAGCACUAGAAUGGCUCGAGCAUCAGUAUUCUCCAGUGUCCUAUCACUGGUCUGAUCAAAUGUCAAAACGUUUGAUACACCGACGAGCUGCUUUCGACUCGUCAAUUCCUUCGUAUCUGCGGCAACAUAUGCCUCUACCGGAAUUCGAACAGCCAACGCAAAGCUUGGCCUGGAAGGAUAUGAAGGUUAUGGUUGACGAACUCAUCAAUGUGGAAGCAAUUGUGUAUCGACAAGAUUCGUGGGAUGCGUGGACAACUCGAUUCGAUUUUGCGUGCGACCAGGUGGUUGGAGGCCGUCACGGGAACAAUCGAGCCGUGCGAAUGCUCAUCUUUGAAGAGACUGGCUAUUCUAACGCAGCAGUACAAGUGUACGACAACGUUACCAAUGGGGGUAAUGCAGCUGUAGAUCAUCAGAUGAAUGUUUGGAAAAAUCUGGUUUCAAGUUACUUGACCACUACAAUGUCGACCUUUCUCUCCAAUCGAUCGCGUCAGUUCAGGUCUUUUUCGAUUUUGUCGGCAUCGUGGAGAGAGAGAGCAGCUAUGGGAGAGUAUCUCUCGAAGUAUCGGGAUCUAUCGGAGAUCACCCAAGUCGUGCAUGCUAUUCGUCUGGAUUGUCUUAUCGAAUCCAACUUAGCGGCGCUUGACUCAGACCUCGUGACGUCUCUGGACGAAGCUGAACUGUGGUGGUGGAUGCAACAAGUCACUUCUUCCAGAAUACACAUGUGUCAGCGGUCGCAGUCAUGGUCAUCCAUAUGGGCCAAGUUGUGGCUCGCCUUGUCUUCUGCAAUCUGUUCGCGCUUUCAAACGGAUCAAGAAUCGCUAAAAAGGAUUCAGCCAACAAAGUCGCUCAAUGAUGCCCUAUUGAAACUCAAUGAAGCUUCUCAAUGCAUUAGACAGAUCAUCGAAAUGAAACGAGAAGAUACUGCGGAUUUGACCGAUUUUUAUAACCCAAUAAAACUGUUGGCCGAAGUUAUUGAGCAUAACAAGAGUGUGUUGGAGAACCAUGGGGAUUUGUUCUCUUGGGACAAAAGUGCAAGACGUGACGGUCGAACUCGAUGGAUGCCUAGGAUCAGGGGUGAUGCAUAA